CAGACUUGAGCGAUUAUCGGCACUCGUCUUCAAACGUUCAAUAAGUGAAUAGAGAAAGAACCCCCCCAAAAAAAAACCAUAAGCAACAUGUUGUCCUUCAUAGCAAUUUUUUCCCUCGUUGCCGCUGCAUCAGCGAGCGUGUUACCAGCAGCACCACUCGUUGCUGGACCUGCAGUUUCGCCAUUCACAGCGCCGCUAGUUGCCGCACCUGCAAUUGCACCAUUUUCAGCGCCUCUCGCAGCUCCAAUUGUCACGGCAAGAAGUAGUCAAUUGGUCGCCAGAAAUUAUAAUACUUUUGCCACUCCAGUUGGAUAUGUAGCAAACGCAGCUAUUUCUGCACCAGGAGCUUACGUUUCAUCUCCAAUUGUUGCACCUGCAUCAUACGCUGCUCCUGCAGCAUAUUUGUCACCUGCAGUUGCUCCCUAUUCAUCUCCUGUUAUCGGUGCUCCUCUACCAGCAGCGCCAGCUUCAUAUUUCUUCAGAAGAUGAAAAUAAUUCACCAAAAAAAAAAAAUAUUUUACAAUAAAAAAAUAUUUUAUAUAAAAAAUAUAUUUUACAAUAAAAAAAUAUUUUAUAUAAAAAAUAUAUUUUAUAUAAAAAAAAAUGUAAAUAAUAAAGCCCCACAGGGAAAUGUAUUUGUUAAAAAAAAAUAUUUUUUAAAUAUAUAAAUAUACUCUAUAAAAA